AAUCUUAAAGCUCUGAGAUUUUCUGUCAUCCCGCGUUUCUUUCAGAAGGGAGCUCGUGCUGUCAUAGCAAAGAAAUAAUCUACCCUGAAUUCCUACAGGUCCUUUGGAGGCUAGAAAGAAAAGGGAGAAGCUGCGUGGGUCUCUGCUGGUAUAUGUGAGAGUGCCACUGCCCCAGGACAUCGGGAAGGGUAUGUAUUGGUCUUACUGCAUUUGUUCUUGCAACUGUGUCUGCCUGUGGCACCUGAAGACUCUGCCUCCUGAACUCCCCUGUGCUGAGCCUGAGCAAGCUGGCUCUGUGCCUAGGUUAAGGGAUUCACUGAAGCUAUCCCAUGGGACGCACCCGGGAAGCUGGCUGCGUGGCAGCUGGCAUGGUUAUUGGGGCUGGUGCUUGCUACUGUGUGUAUAGAUUGACAUGGAAAAAAGAUGAGGAUGAGAAAAUCUGGGAUGAUGAUGACUACAACGAGAAUGAUGAGGACGACGUGGAUGACGACAAAUCUAGUGACACAACAAAAAUGGAGACUGAGAAGGGAGCUAAAAUUAAUGUUGCAGUGGGGGGCAGAGCCAAACCUCAGGAUGACUCAAAAGCCAAGGCCCAGGUGGGGUCAGGAUUCAAGAGCAGUCCAGGUGUAAAGAAGGAUGCCCACGUAGAACCUCAGAGUGGAGGUGGCCUAGAGGCUAAGGCCAAGGCCCUUUUUAGCACCCUGAAGGAACAGGCAAGUGUGAAGGGAGGCAGAGGUAACAGAGUUGGUACAAUCUCUGGAAACAGAACCCUUGCACCAAGUUUGCCCUGCCCAGGAGGCAGGGGUGGAAGCUGCCACCCCACCAGGAAUGGAGCUAGGAAUGGGAGUAGGGGACGUGGCAAGUCCAAGGGGAAGGCCCGUAGCAAGAGCACCAAGACUCAAGCUACAUCAUGGCCUGUCCGUAAAGGAAAAUUUAAUUUUCCCUAUAAAAUUGAUGAUAUUCUGAGUGCUCCUGACCUUCAAAAGGUCCUUAAUAUCCUGGAAAGAACAAAUGAUCCUUUUAUUCAAGAAGUCGCCUUGGUCACGCUGGGUAACAAUGCAGCAUAUUCAUUUAACCAAAAUGCCAUACGUGAGUUGGGUGGUGUCCCAAUUAUCGCUAAAUUGAUAAAAACGAAAGACCCCAUUAUUAGGGAAAAGACAUACAAUGCCCUUAAUAACUUGAGUGUGAAUGCUGAAAAUCAGGGCAAGAUUAAGACAUACAUCAGUCAAGUAUGUGAUGAUACCAUGAUUUGUCGCUUGGACUCAGCUGUACAGAUGGCUGGAUUAAGACUGUUAACCAACAUGACUGUGACCAAUCAUUAUCAACAUUUGCUUUCUUAUUCUUUUCCAGACUUUUUUGCUUUGUUAUUCCUGGGAAAUCACUUCACCAAGAUACAAAUUAUGAAGUUAAUUAUAAAUUUCACUGAAAAUCCAGCCAUGACAAGAGAGCUAGUCAGUUGUAAAGUACCAUCAGAAUUGAUUUCACUUUUUAAUAAAGAAUGGGAUAGAGAGAUUCUGCUUAAUAUCCUUACCCUUUUUGAAAAUAUAAAUGACAACAUAAAAAGUGAAGGCCUUGCAUCAUCCAGGAAAGAAUUCAGCAGAAGUUCACUGUUUUUCUUAUUUAAAGAAUCUGGAGUAUGUGUUAAGAAAAUAAAAGCAUUAGCAAAUCACAAUGAUUUGGUGGUGAAAGUCAAAGUCCUGAAAGUACUAACCAAACUCUAAUUUGUGAUCUGUCCCAAAUGACAUUUAUGUGAUUUUUUUUUAGUUUGCACAUAGAAGCAGUAUAUUUUAUAAAUUUUUUGGUUUUCAAUGCGCUUAUAUGGCAAAGAGAUCCUUUAAGCUGCCAUUUUGGAACAAUGAAUUUCACAUGAUCAACAGUGAUUGAUGUUCUAUUGAGACUGGAUCAUUUAAGGAUGUCAAAUGAGUAUUAGAGCUUGUAGAAAGAAAACUGUUGUCAAUUUCAUCUUGCUAUUUAGAUUGAAGUAUUAGUAUUCAUUAUUUAAGCUGGUGGUCAUAAUCACCUUUGUCUAUGUAUAAUCAUAAUUAUAAUAAUAAAUAAGCUAUAAUUUUGUAUUGUUUACACUUGUUAAUCUAAGACAUGUAUUUUAUCAAUAAAGUUUUGUGU